CAUUGCAAGGACAAACCACCAAAGCCAAAAGCUCCAGCAAUUGGAGGUGCCUCGUAAACCAUUCUUGCUUUUCGGAUCUGCCGACUUCUAUAUCAUACACGUGUCCAACAUGGCUGACGUAGAAAUGGACGUUGACGAGCCCGGCUCUCCCCAGGCCACCCAGGCGAAGGUCGGCGACAUGCAGACACACGCGAAAGCGACUGCUGUGCGCUCAAUCGAGGGUUGGAUCAUCAUGGUCACCAACGUGCACGAGGAGGCUGACGAGGAGACAUUGCACGAUAAGUUUGCCGACUUUGGUGAAAUUAAGAAUCUGCACCUGAAUCUUGAUCGUCGGAGCGGUUAUGUCAAGGGAUACGCGCUCAUCGAAUAUCCUACGCUCCAAGAGGCGCGGGCAGCCAUUGACGGCGCACACGAGACCAAACUACUCGAUCAGACCAUCUACGUCGACUUCGCGUUCGUACGACCACCACCAGGAAAAGGAGCACGAGGAAACCGGCAGUCACACCGGGGGAAUCGCGGCAGGAGCCGUAGCCGCAGUCCCGAUGGUGGACGAGAGCGGGAGAAGGAACGGGACCGUGAUGAUAAUGAUGGACAGUGAUCUGGACUAUAGCGGGGUAAGGCGAAGUGUUAGGAACCAAAAAUUAUGGUGGUGAGGCGUUCGUUGGGUAGAACAUGUGUUAGAUUACCCAGUGAAUUGUCGACAUCGACCACUCGGGAAUGGAGAACAUGACGCGCAGUCAUUGUCAUUGGCUUUAGCCGAUAUGUCGCCAAGAUAAUAGACGUGUCGGCGCGUGAUUUUGAGCUUGACUGGAGCUUUGCAAUAUCGUGUAGUGAGUUCCACGCAAUGAGGUGUCAUAAGCUGGAUGCCAGAUGGGGAAAAUAACACACUCGCAACCCAGUUGCGCGUAUUAAAUAUUAAUAUAAUGAAAUGACGAGUAGUGACUGUUAGCAGCAUUAUUGAUACUAUGUUCAUGUUUUGCGAAAUGCUGUUUCCUAGGGAUGCAUUUAAUGUUCUGUUAGUACUGGCUGUUAUCGAAUUUGAAGUACUCUACAGCAAAUA